AUGUUGUCUAUGUACUUUAUUGAACAUCCGACAAAAAUAUUCUUUCUUUCUUUCAAUCUUUUCUUUCUCUGGAUCUUUUUUUCUUUCUUUUUUUUAUCCGGAUCUUUCUUUCUCCUUUUUUUCUUUCUUUCAUUCAUUCUUUCUUUUUUUCUUUCUUUCUUUCUUUUCAUUUUUUCUUUCUUUUUUUUCUUUCUUUUUUUUUUCUUUCAUCUUUCUUAUCUUUUUCCUCACCUCAUCAGAAAAAAUAAAAGGUUUUGGUCUGUUCUUUAUCUAUCCAUUUUUAUCUAUAAUAUCCAUCUAUCUAUCUAUCCAUCUAUCUAUAAUCAAUUCAUUAAAAGACAUCAAUGUUAUAUAAUAAAGAAAAAAUUUCUUAUCUAUCUUCAUCUAUCUUUUAUUUAUCUAUCUAUCUAUCUAUCUAUCUCAGUCUGUUCCAUUGCAUCCAUCUCAGUAUGUUCCUAUUCAUCUAUCUGUCGUUAUCUAUCUAUCUAUCUAUUCAUUUAUCCAUCUAUCCUAAGCAUCUAUAUAUAUAUCAAAUAUUCUAUCUAUUUUAUAUCAAUCUAUCUAUCUAUCUAUCUAUGUAAUCUAUCUAUCAAUCUAUCUAUCUAA